CCUAAGCGUCAGUGCCCAGAGUGGCAGGGUUUUUGUAGCUUCCAAAUAUUCACUUUUUCUUUGAAGGGGAGAACGCCGAGAGAAGCAGGGUUUUUGUAGCUUCCAAAUAUUCACUUUCUUUUAAAGAGAGAAGUAGGGUUUAGGGUUCCUCGAGAAAGAGGGAGAUUUUCUUUAAUUAGAGAGAAAAUUAAGCGGAGAGAGAGAUUUUCUUCGGUUAGAGGGAGAUUUUCUUUGAUUAGAGAGACAAUUAAGCAGGGAGAGAAUUGAGCAGAGAUUUUCUUCGAUUAGAGAGAGAAUUAAGCAGAGAUUUUCUUCGAUUAGAGAGCGAAUUAAGCAGAGAGAGAAGUUGGGUUAGAGUUUCUCUAGUUACAGAGAAAGGUAGAAAGAAAGAGACCGAGACACGAAAAGGAAGGGUCCUUAAGCUGAAUCAGUUGCAGGAAGAUGACGGAAGAAACGAAGAAGACGAUCUUCUUAAGAAGUAGUGAUGAAGAGAUAUUUGAAUUGGCAGAAGACGCUGCCAUACAAUGUGAAACUAUCAAGAUCAUGAUAGAGGAUGGGUGCACCACUAGUGAGAAAGGUAUCCCACUUCCUAAUGUUUCGAGCAAGGUUCUUUCGAAGAUAAUCGAGUACCUUAAUCACCAUGUGAAUGAUGACAAGGUAAAGGGGAAGGAGGGAGACAAGGGAAAGGGGAAGGAGGGAGAGGAGGAGGAAAAGAAGGGUGAGACAGUCCUCACAAAGUGGGAUGAGGAGUUUCUCAAGGUUGACAUGCAAACCCACUUCGAUAUCGCACUGGCGGCAAAUUACCUUAACGUGAAGCAUUUACUUGAUAUAACUUGCUUGGAGAUCGCAGAUCGCAUCAAAGAUUGGAGCGUGGAAGACGUCCGGAAGACAUUUGGAAUUGAAAAUGAUUUUUCUCCUGAAGAAGAGGAUGCAGUGAGGAAGGACAAUGAGUGGGCUUUUGAUGAGUACCCAUGAAUACCAAAUUUUUUGUUUCAGAACCAUAUUUCAAUACAACUAAUUGAUUUGGAUUUUGCUAAUUGGUAUCAGAGUGAUUUGGGUAUGCUUUUGAAUGAGUCCCCAUGAAUCCCUGUUUUAGAACCAUAUUCCAAUAACUAAUUGAUUUCGAUUUUGGUAAUUGGUAUUGUUUUAGAACCAUAUUUCAAUACAACUAAUUGAUUUGGAUUUUGGUAA